GCCUCGUGUGACUCUGCUUCUUAUAUCCUUUCUAUCACUACUACUACUACUUGAUUAAUCUGGUCAUCAAACUUCCCAAAGGGCCAUCGAGUGAUGCGUUUCUCCACCAUCCUAGCGUUAGUCAUGCUCCAUUUAAUGCUCGAGACUACUUCAUCACAAGAUGUGCCCUUGGCCCUUUCUUUCUUCUUUCCUUUUCUUCAACCAAUUUCUUUCCCUCGACAAACCCUUUCAUUUUCUCAUCUUCGCGAUUUGAUUCCAUUUGAGACCUUCUUAUCUAUACCUUCUCCCUUUACUUCUUUAUAUUACUUAUUUCCUAUGUUGAUCUCUUUAUCGUGUUGUGGCGUUAUAAUCAACGAGGCUCUAGUCGUUAUUGACUCCUCUCAGGGAAAUGGUUUCAUGAAUUCGAGAAAGAUACUCACGUUCUUCUCUGCUGUUCUUUUUUCCUCUCUUGACUAACUUAACUCUCGUGCUGCCGUAUCGCAUUAAAUCGAACUGCCUGCUUCCUGCCGUACAGUUUAC